AUGUAUCUCAUUCAAUGUGGAUGUAUUAUUGUAUCCGAUGGUUCUAUCUAUCUAUCUAUCUAUCUAUCUAUCUGUCUGUCUCAGUUUUUCCGAAUAUAUUUUCUUAAAUAUUUAUAUAUUAAAAUAUCUGAUGAUGAUAUCUACAUAGCUUUUAUUCGAAUAUAUCUUAUUCAAUCUCAAUGUAUCAUCGUAUCUGAUGAUGAUAUCUAUCUAUCUAUCUAUCUAUCUAUCUAUCUAUCGCAGUUUAUUCGAAUUUAUUCGAAAAUAUCUUAUUUAAUCUGUAUGUAUUACUAUAAUGAUGGCUAUAUCUAUCUGUCUAUCCAUUUAUAUAUCUAUCUAUGUGUAUUAAAUUAUCUAAUGGUGUUAUCUACCUAUCUAUCUAUCUAUCUAUCUAUCUAUCUAUCUAUCAAUCUAUCUAUCUAUCUGUCUGUCUAUCUAUCUAUCUAUCCAUCUAUCUAUCUCAGUUCAUUCAAAUAUAUCUCAUUCAAUAUUGGAAUUGAUGGUUCUAUCUAUCUAUCUAUCUAUCUAUCUAUCUAUCUAUCUAUCUCAUUUUAUUCGAAUAUAUCUCAUUCAAUCUGUAUGUAUUAA